CACAAACAUGGCGGCUGUUUCAAAACUCGUGGAGUUUUGCAGAAAUGAAAUUACAAAAUUCCUACAUGUAUAAUAGACUUUCAUUUCAAAGUGAAGAACGAACGGAAGUUCUGCGAUUAUGAAUAAAUUUGAAAUGAAAAGUGAUGGUGGAAACAGUUUUGCUGAUAAUGAAGACAGUAAUGAUUCUGUCAUUGACCUCGCUUCAUCACCAGAAUUGUCGACCCAAAAACCUGACAAGAAAAGAAAACGCGAUAAAUCAAUUCUACAGUCCAUUAAUUGCAAGAAUUCUGCAAAGUGGGUAACAUCAUCUUUUGGUGAUUUUGAUGCAUUUGAUUGCUUUGCUGCUUCCUCUCGCCCAGCCAAGUCUGCACCGAAGCGAGCAAACACCACUAGUUCUAGUCAGUCUAUCCUGAAAGUGUCUAAGUCAGCCACAACCAGCAUUAGCAACACAGCUGACCAAUCAAAAGCCAGUAAAACUACACCCCAGAUAAACAGUGAACAAGUCUCAUCAUCAGGUGACCGGUGUUGGUUGUCGGGGAAGAAAAGACCAGCUUACGAGUCGGAGUUGUGGUCUGACAAAUAUGCUCCUAAUAAUCAGGGUGACCUGGCUGUACACAAAAAGAAAAUAAGUGACUUAGAAACAUGGUUUCAAACACAUCUCAAGGCACAGGCAAAGCUGCCGCCUAUUUUGAUUCUUACUGGUCAGGCAGGGACAGGGAAGUCAGCAACGGUCAAAGUAUUGUCCCGAGAACUCAAAUGUGACGUCCAAGAAUGGUCAAACCCUGUUGGAUCAGACAGAGUUUGGAAGAAAAGGGAUGAGUUUAGCACAGGCCCGUACCAGUAUGAUGACAUUCAGACAGAAUCACAGCUGGUCCAGUUCCAGCACUUUCUCCUCCGUGCCAACAAGUACAACAAACUUGACAUAUUUGGGGAUGGAAACACAGAGAAGAAAAUAAUUUUAGUUGAGGAAUUUCCCAAUGUGUUUUAUAGAGAUGCUUCAGCCUUCCAUGAAACCCUCAGGAAGUAUGCCCAUGUUGGGAAGUGUCCGUUAGUGUUCAUUGUGAGUGACUCCACCAGUAGGGACUCGGCCAGUUGUGAACGUCUACUGUUUCCCAAGACACUACAGCAGGACCUGCGCAUAGAUAAUAUCAGUUUCAACCCGAUUGCUUUGACAAGCUUGACCAAAGUGCUGACAAGGAUUGCCACCAAAGAGGCCUCACAGGGACUUCACAAAUUUACUGCCCCAACUCAUGCCAUCCUGGAGUCCAUUGCAAUGUCUAGUGCUGGGGACAUCAGAGGAGCAAUCAAUACUCUCCAGUUUGCCUGUCUCAGAGAUACCAAGGACCUUUUACCAAGUGCUCUAGUCAAAGGGAAACAACCUGUGAAGAAACCGAGAGGAAAAGCCAAGUCCAAGUCAUCGGACAAGAAAGAUUCAGAUCUUGCUUCUAUUGGAGGACGGGAUACUUCUCUCUUCUUGUUUAGGGCAUUGGGCAAAAUUCUCUACUGCAAACGAGAUGAUCCCAGCGCUCACCCAGACGAGCCUAAACUUGCUGUCCACCUUCAGGAACAUCACCGGGACCCUCUCAUCAUUAACCCAGAGGAUGUCGUGGAGAAGUCGCACCUGUCUGGGGACUACUUCAGUGCCUAUCUACACCAGAACUACAUGGAGUUCUUCACUGACCUGGAUGAUAUAGCACGGGCAUCACAGUACCUAAGUGAUGCAGACCAUCUGACUGAAGACUGGGCAUCUCGGUCAGUGUUACAGCAGUAUGCAGCAUCAGUCGCCACAAGGGGGAUAAUCCAUGCUAACUCUGCAAGAGCAAGGUUUUCAUCAGCCGGGUCUGGACUUGGAUGGAAACCGUUACACAAACCGCAGUGGUACACUGCCAUAAAACAGGCCAGAGACAGUUGUGAAAGUGCCAGGUGCCUUUUUAAAGAAUACGCCUGGACACCAGAAAUACUCCAAACAGAAAUCCUGCCUUAUCUGUCUGUCAUCAACACUACACUGCACCAGCCAGGUCAAGCAUCAUUUUUACAAGAAUUCUGUAGGUUUUCUAAGUUAAAGAUUCCAGGAAGGUCCGAGAAACUGGAUGAGAAAGAUGUUGAUACGGAUGAAUCUCCUCCUCCAUCCCAAAGUAUGGAGAUCAAGUCUGUUCAGGAUGAUGAUGAAUUCGUCAGCAAUAGCCAAUCAAAAGUCAGAACUGCUCAGGAAGAGGAGGAGGAGCUAAUAAUAGAAGAUUUUGAUGACUGAUGUAAAUUUAUACAAGUAGCUCUCUACUAGAGUAGGAAAAUACAACCACUUGAUUGUUUGUGGGAGUUCAGAUAAGGUGCUACACCUCUGACAAACAGGAGAGACAACACAGCUGCUGUAUCAUUUGUUGGAGCGUUUAGGUGAUGUGCUCUUCCCUUGUCUGACACGCUGUAGGGAGACAACACAAACUAGAAAGGAGACAACACAAUUGCUGUAAUUGUUUGUUUGAGCAUAGAGGUAAAAAUACUAGAUCUCUUACUGACAGAAGGGACAACAUAACGGCGACUGUAUUAUUUGUGAAAGAAUUGAGUCUAAGUGCUUUACCUCAUGUUUGUGAGAGAAUAACAUUUAAGUGCUUAUUCGUCCUGCGUGAUAAUUAAAUACAAGUGUCUAAUGUGUUGUGAGAGAAUUAAGUAUAAGUGCUUUACCUCAUAUUUAUGAUAGAAUUUUGUUAAAUGUACCAUGCAUUCAAGACAUUAAAGUAAAGUUUCUGUCGUAGGUUUACAAAUUAAUUUAAAUGUUUGAAUGUUUUCUUGAAUAUGCAUUACCGAUUGUAAUUUAAAAAGAAAUGCCUUAGACAUUUUGUAGAGGAUGGAGUUUGAAACUCGGAUAAUAGGAGUACUAGUGCUCCUAUUCCCAGUGCCUUCUGUGGAGGCAGUUGUCGUAGAUGGUACAAAAUACACAACUGUAAUCAAUUAAUUUUUAUGGGUGUUUAUUUUCCUGUUGAUUCUUGCGUAAAGUUCACAUAUUGUGCAAUUUGUUAUUCAAGCACAUCUCAACAUGAGUUAUUUGUUGAUGUCAAUUCUUCUCUUCAUUUCACAAAUUAAAACACUCGCCAAUAAAUCAUUGUAAGCAUAAUCACGAAAAAUAAGUAUUGAUUGAUAAAUGGUAAUAUUUUGUGAGGUAUUAUUUCUAGGUAGUUUGAACCUGAAGUUUCAGGUGUAGAAAUAAACUUCUUGAUAAUAUUUUUUCAAAUGUUACAAGUGCUAGUUAAGUUAUUUUUCACUGCUUAACUUAUAACUGGGUCUGUUUAUGUUUUAACCAUCUGGCUAGACCCUGUAUCGUUACAAACAUGUUAUUUCUGAAGUUAUUUAUUUGUGUCCUAAACUGUUACUCAACUGUACUUUGUGAUUGUUAAGCAAACCAGUCAUUUUAAAUAAAGUAAUUUAUCCGAUUUGCAAUUAUUUUGACAUUAAAGUAAUUUAUACAUUCUAUCACACUUUCAAAAAUUUAAAUUGUACAUGUAUGCCAGAAUCUGCUAGGGUCACUUUGAGUAAUAAAUGUCUCACACAUUUCACUGGAUUGAUCAAGGACAAACAGUGAAACUAGUACGGAGGAUAUUAUAAAAUGGACACUACUUGAUUACCUCCUUUUUUUACCCACAAUACUUAGAUGAUCAGGUGUUGCCUUAAGUUUGAGAUAUGUCAUCCAACUGUCAUCUGGCCCUAAACAUUUCUUGCUCACGAUGUACUGGAUGGACAUUUUUCAAAUUGAAUUAGUAGAGACCUAUUGUUACUUGGUUGCAUAUUCCGCCUUUGUGUAUUACAGAGUUAUCUUCCCUUGUGUGCAGGUAUUG